GAGGAAUGCCAGCCUCCAUCCAGUGCUGAGAACCGGAGCAUUUUUACGCAGAUCGUCUGCGCUGCCACACAGCAGACACACCGCGUCUCCGCCUGGGAAGUUCGUCGUCGUCGUCGUCGCCGCCGCUGCUGCUGUUAUUAUUGUCUCCUUCUUGUCUCGCUGCCCAGCGAUCCGUGCGUGUCCGCGAGCAUCGAGGGCCACCGACCGCCGCUUCCUACCGGACUCAGCGUCAGCAUCGGGGAUUCAUCAUGGUGAUCAAAGUGUACAUAGCAUCGUCCUCCGGAUCCACUUCGAUCAAAAAGCAGCAGCAGGAUGUGAUGGGCUUCCUGGCGGCAAAUAAGAUCGAGUUCGAGGAGUGUGACAUCGCGGCCAACGAGGACAACCGGAAGUGGAUGAGAGAGAAUAUUCCGGAUGAGUUCAGGCCGGCGACGGGGAACCCUCUGCCCCCACAGAUAUUUAGUGAAAGCAAAUAUUGCGGGAACUACGAGGCCUUCUUCGAUGCCAGAGAGGACAAUGCUGUGUAUGCAUUUCUGGGUCUGACUGCUCCGCCCGGCUCUAAGGAGGCCGAAGCGCUAGCGAAGAAAGCACAGCAGUAGCAGCUUCACACUGUUUCUACCUGAGACCUCAGGCUUGGACCUGGACCCAGACCUGGACCCAGACCUGGACCCAGACUGACCUGGAAGAGAUCCAGGGGGGAAAAAAGAAGCAACAUUUGACUUAGCUUAUGAAUAUCUGGAUGUUUUUGACUUCUCAGAAUAUUUUUUUCUUUCUAUUAUUACUUUGUUGUGCCUUGUCAGCUGUAGUGAAAGGAGGUACUGCACCAGAGCAUCGUGGGUAUCUCUUAGAAACCGCUCUGCUUCCUCCACUAACCUCAGCCUGCUAAGGCUCUUGGCCUAAUGGCAUGUCAAUCAACCGUUAGUAAUGAAUGUGUAGCUUCCUGUUUGAGAACACACCAUGAGACACAAGAAAUUGUGCACAACUCGAAAAAUUGUAACACAGAUUCAUUGUUUGGCCAAAAACAUGAUGUCACCCGUGUUCGCAACAUCACCAUUUUUGUAACUCAGCAAGUUUAAUCAGGUCUUAUCUGUUGGAAUUAUGGAAUCAUUGAAUCAAGUGUUGUGCUCCUUACCUUGUCAUGUUGUCGCCAAAACCGCAGCACCUUCUGUUGGGAGUUAGCUUCAGUCCCAUUCCCUGUGUUUUUCAUUUACUUUAUAUUGUCUUAAUGCUAUUUUAAUAGCAAAUCUUUUCUAUGAGAUGAUAUAUGUUUAAAAAUCAUAACACUUGCCAAAAUGUACACGAGUAUGCAAACACAGAGGGAUGUGAAACUGAAAGUUUUUAUUUUUUAUUUAACCCUUUUGUCGCUUAGGGGACUUGGAUAGCUGUUUCAUUUCGCUUGUGGCAUCCUGUCUCCCAUUGUUUUGUACAUCCCUAUUUUGCGUAAGUUGAUAUCUCCCUUAAAAUAAAAGCGAAAUAAGACUUCAA